AUGGCGACCUUUCCAGGCGACAAAACAAACAUUCCGAAGAGAUUGACGGAAUGCUUAGAAUAUCAACCUCUAAAUUUUCUGGUGCCAAAAAGUGGGCUAUGCGAGUUGUUGCGCUCGUCCUUACGCGUUGCACCUGUGUAUGACGAAGUUGUCUUCAAGGAGUCAUCCUCCAGUCGCGUAAGUGAAAAGCACCCAAAAACGGUUCCUCGCUUGGAUAUGGAUGGGAAAGAGAGUUUCAGCUUCAAGGAGAUUCAGGUUUUCUCAACCAAGUCCCAGGAUGAUUUAUCUAUGGAUUUGUUUGAAGGUUUGUCGGACACGGCUCGACAAUUUUUAAAUUUCAAAUGCCUUGAUGACAUGAAGAGACAACGCUCGACUAGCAAUGAUGGCUCUCUUCUCGUACGCAGCAAGCUUAUCUACGAUCCUGAUUACGCGGAUGUCGAGCUUCGGGCAGCGCCCAAGAAAGCUAAAUUUGCAUCGGAGGAGUUCUCUCUUGAUCAAGCUGCCGUGAGCUCUCAACACUUUAAGGAUCUUGACGUACUAAUCAACUCUAUUCAUGAUGAUGAAGAAUCUAUUGGGCUUAAUAACCAGCUUUAUUGGACAAAAGCCGAGGGGAGUCGCGUCCUAUCAGACAUCUGUUUAGAUCGAAUUCUGAUUGCUCUUAAGAACAUCUCAGGCCUUCCUGGUCUUGAAGAGAUUGUCGACGCCGGUAUUUUGAGUAAACUCAUGCGAAUUUGCUCAGAAAGCAUAGACGUGAUUUUAAAGACGGAGGAUCAUGGCCAUUUGAAUAGCAUCGCAUUCAAAUGUGCAACUGUUGUAUUCAUGAUUUUCCUGAUUGAUGUCAAGGAUAAGCGGCUAUACCUUGAGCGGUACAUCGUAUCAGCCAUUUCAUUUUUAUCGCGAAUAAACGAUUCCUUGAGUGAAGACAACACUAGCCGUGGCGCAACGAGCGACGACUGCUUACAGUUGAGGUCUGUCUUGUCUCUGCUAUCAUCGUAUAUUCAGAAAAAACCAAUGCAAGAAGAAGAGUUAAUCACAAAGUUAGUAUAUCUACUUUCCGAUUUACUGACGUUCAAUCCACCAAACAUAGGCGGACUAUCUUCGUUAUCCACGUGGCUUGAGAGUUUGAGGAGGGAGAGCUCAGCCAGUCUCAUAGCAAUGUUUGAGAGUUUACCAACACAACGUCUUUUUAUUCUUGACGAGCUUCUCUUCAGAUUGGAUUCGCUGCCGACAAAUAGGAUCCAGAAGAAAUUACAAAAGGUGGACGAUACAUUCUACGCUACACAUCUAUUUGUGACCAUUGCACGCAUGCUUCAAUCUCUCAAUUCGUCAAAAUUCCUUCCUCUACCAGAGAAUGUAAACGAUCAAAGUGUUGACGAGUUUCUUGACAUAUUCAAAGAACAACAAACCCAGCUCUCAACAUUUAUCGAUCACAUCAAUCAGUCCGUAUUGAAUAAGUGCUUCACCCCUAAUGCCUUCAAAAGAUUUAUCUUGGAGAAUUUUGUUCAAGAUUUGAUAGCCAUGGUAGUUCAACCUCACUGGAGCAUUGCAGAACCGCUACUGGCGUCGCUGUUCAAAAGAAUGCUUUUAGUUUUUAGUCCAUCUCAACAAAACAAUUCAGCUAGAGAGUCUUCGGUGCUUCAAAUCAUGGGCAGUAUUGGAAGUGUAAUUCAAGAUAUUAAACUCAAGAGUGAAAAGAGUGAAAAAUUCAGUAUAGCUGGCAUUUUGCAAAGUCCUGCUAUGCUGCAAUCUGUGAUGUUGGAUUUUGAGAAAUGUCUCUCCGUCCUUUGUCACAGCGAUCGGGAUACUUCUUCAAGACAUGCUUUUUGGGAUCGACAGAUGGCUUGCUUGACUACGUUAUCCGAAUUUGAAGACAUCGACUCAGCCCUAAGGGAGAAUAUUGGUGCCGAAAUCUUAAAGCUUUUAAGAAACAGCUCUGCGACUUCCUCAGGAGAGAAGAUUUCCAAACACAGUCAGUUUUCUCAUAACUUCCAAUCAAGCUACUUUGCAACUCUACAUAUUUCGGAGUUGAUCAACCUUUUUGAGCCAUACGUUAGACUUAUUUUGUCACUUUUGGAUAGGCAAAAAAUCAAAUUAAGAUCCGGUGCCAUUAAGUGCCUGGCGCCGCUGAUAGCAAAUGAUCCUGAUCUGCUCGCUGUGCCCUCUGUAAAAAGUGUGAUUGAGCAAAGACUCAAGGAUUCUUCCCCAUCUGUAAAGGAUGCAAUUUUGGACUUGCUUGGCUCCACUCAAUACACCAGAUACUAUCAACUCAUAAAUAUUAACUAUGAUGAUGAGAGCACAAUGGUAAGAAAGCACGUUUUGAAACUAAAUCUCGAUGCUUACGACAAUGCCUCAGACAUUGACGUCAAAGCAUUUGUAGCCAGCAGAAUUUUGAGGAAAACGGAGGACGAGGAGGACAGCAUUGUAGAGAAAGCUCAAAAGUCUUUGAUCGACCGCUGGUUCUUGAACGUAUACGAGACAGGGCAGAGCACAGAAGCACAAGCUAACAGAGCGAUGGAAGUUAUUGAAGUUAUCUCCGCUGUCAUUGGAUAUGACAAGGGUGAUUCCCAACUCUUCGACAACUUUCUGAACGAGUACGUUCUCAAUGAAAGUCUCCAUGAUGAACAAGCACGAGAGGAGAUACGAUUUACAACCCAAUUUAUUACUAGCAAGCUUGUCGACGAGGCGAUAAAUAGCCAAUAUGCACACACCAAUCAAGGGAGUGAGUCGAAAUCCGAAAUCAACGUCUUCCAUUUCCUUUCCAUCAUUUCUGCUUGCGAGCAUGCCUUCAUUACUAAAGACCACAUCACAACUCUUUACCCAUACCUGCUUUCAUCAGAACAAUCCGAUCUGCAGUACUAUGUUUUAAAGGUCUUCAAAACCAGCUUCUCAAAACUUACCUACUUCAGAAACAAGUUUUUGCUCGACCUAGAGAGCAUUGUUCUGGGAAGGCUCCCGAAAAUGAGUGUCCGAGAAAUCGAUGAGGCCAUUCCGCUGUGCUGGUCUAUUGCUCAUCACCGAGGCGACGACACAAGAGUCUCCAAGGCAUGUUCGUCUUGUCUAGCACUACUAAGCCCUUACAUCAACUCUUCAACUAAAGAUUCAGCUUCAGUGACAGCUGACGGUAAGUUACAACGAUUGCUAUACCUUGCAGCUGGCUUUGCAAGAUUCUGCGAUUUCACUAACACGGAAGAAAAGUUCCCACAUCUCAAAACGAGGGAGCCGAUUUUCGAAUACGUAACAAAAUGCUUGCUGGUGUUCACUAGGUUUGAGGUCGACUUAACACUCAGAAAAUCUGCCCUCAGAAACCUUUUAAAGGUCGCGACAGCAUACCCCAGAUUGUUCAAUUCCCGACUGGUUCUAAGUGUACUCGACAAGGAAUUCGCCACGAGAAGCCUAGAUACAAAUUUAGUGGUUGUUCAAUGCCUUUCUGAAUUUUUUAUGAGCGAAGAGCAGAGGACACUUGAAUUGACUCGCCCUUUGCGGCUAUCAACUUUAAAACUUCAAAGAAGCCGAUCAAUAGUAGCGCCUAGGUCUAGCGAUGCGGUUUGUUCCGCAAUAUCUUCUCGAUAUUUGAAAUACGUCCUGAGAAUUGCACUACUCGAGGAUUUGCGCUUAUCCUCUGUCGCCUUGAAGUUUGUUGAACUGGUUUUAGAUUUCGGUUAUACGAAUCCUGCAAACUGUAUUCCUACUAUAAUAGCAUUGAUAGGGUCACCAAAUGGCGCAACGAGCAAACUGGCACUUACAGUUUUGGAAAAUAUAUUUAUGAGGAAUACCAGUAUGCGUUUCAGUAAUUUAAGCACUGGAAUAAAGGCGGGUAUUGAACAUGCGAAAUGGCUCAAAGAGCAGGGUCUUACCAAUAACAUGCUCUUCUUGCCAAAAGUGCAGAGCCUCGCUCGUAGUGUUGGCAUGAAACCAGCGAAGAUUUUCAAUUCGUACAAAAAUGCGCUACUCACUUACUUGGUUAGCAAUGGCGAUGUGUUCCCCAAAAUACCAAUCAUUAUUUUUUCUUUCAACAUUGCCGCGUUGUCUUUUGAAAACAUGCUGGAAGUCUGCAGUUUGACUAGUCUUCUGGACACAAAAACUGAGGACAUCACUGAGCUCAUCGAGCAACAAGGCGACGAUGUUGAUGAUACGGAAGAUUCUCAAAACACCAGGAACUUGAUCGUUUCACGAGCAUGUCUUUUGGAACUUAGAACUUAUCUGUGUCGAGUUUUUGGUGUCUCCGAUGAACAUGUCUCUGCUAUUGGAUCGAGCGAAGAGGACGAAUUGAAAUUGAAACCCGCGGAGCCUAAAACUCUGAAGUUGCAUUUCAAUUUCCCUCCACCUGGUCUUGACGAGCAAAAACUAAUUGAUGAUUUUUUUGCUGAUAAAAAUAGUCAACUCUGA